AUGGAUAAUUAUGGAGAGUAUAAUUAGAACUACUAAUAUCGAACUCACACAAACCAACCUCCUCCAAUGGUCUUUGAUUAAAACAAUGGGCACUAAGAUUACAAUCAUCAAGAUUCGACUGUGAUGAAUAAUGUAAAUGGUACUAAAUUCAACCAAACUUAAAGCGAUUAGGAUGAUUAUGCUGAAUCAUUUGGAUAGCACCUUACAAAUCAAAGUCAAUAGUAGCCUCUAGCCAACCCCUAUCAUAAUAAUAAUUCAUAUCAGCUUAGUUAGGCAUAAGCUAAUACAGUUCCUAAGAGUAUUUUUGAAGGCCAUAAUGAGUUCUAUGACUUAAAAUCUGGUAUCGCUAGUAAUUUUAAAGAUAUUAUGAAUCUGAGGAAACAAGAGCCUCCUGUAAUUGAGGUAGCAAUUCCUGUAAUCAAGAAUGGCCAUCACGAAUACCAAAUAAUUGGAAAUGAUCAAUUAGGGCAUUUUGAUGUCUCAAGAAGAUUCAAGCAUUUUCAUCUAUUCAGAGAGAUCUUAUAUAAAAGAUUCCUAGGAUUGUACAUCCCUCCAAUCCCAGAAAAGAAAAAGCUUGAAAGAUAAAUAUUUUUGGAUAGAUUUAUGAAAGAGGUUGCUUUGCUGCCCUAUAUUUAUGAGUCUUUGGAAUUCUAGACUUUUAUCAGGCCAAGUGAAGAUGUUGUAAGAGCUUUAGAAAAGCUCCCCAAAAUGACAACUGAUGACUUACUUAAAAGGUUCAGGGAAAUCAUGCCAGUGAAUGAGAUGGCUGAUCCGAUUAAACUAAAGCAUUAUAAUGACAAGAUUAAUGAUUUCAAUAAAGACUGUGGCGAAUUUAUCGCUCAUUUGAGACAGUUCAAGAUUUAGAUAAAGAGAAUAGUGCCCAUAAAGGAACAAGAAGUGAUGCAUUACAAAGGAUUUAUAGAUAUGCUUGUCAAGUAUGAAGACCUAAAUAUCAAAAAGGCUAAUGAAGAGACUCCUUUCUAAGUAAAUAUUUUAUCUGGUGAUAAUUGCAUUGACAUGAAGGACAAACUCACUCAAACUUGCUGGGUUUAAGGAGAGCUGAUGGAAUUAAGUGCUCUGCUAUAGUGCAUAUCAAGGAAAGAAGGAGUUGAAGCUAUGAGAACAAGAGCGAUUAGCAAACUUAGAGACGAUAAGGACACUGCUGAUAAGCUUGGCAGUGGUAAAUUCACCUUCAAGGGCUUGUUUAAAUCUCAAACAGGCAAAGCAACUGAGACUCAAAACAUUUUGCAAACAAUCGCUUAAACUGAGUAGGAUAUCCAGAACUACUAAGUAAUUAAGGACUAUUUGCUGAUUUACUUGCAUGAUAUCGCAAUACCUGCCUUCAAACACUAAAAAAUGUAAAAUUAUGUCAAAGCUAUGAUUUUAUUCUGUGACUCGGAGAUAAAUAAUUCCAAUAUGCAGGUCGCCACUUGGCAAGAUUUCAAAGAAGCUAUCAAAAAAGUGAAAUUUGAAUGA